AUGGCAAACAGAGAACUAACAGUGCUGUUCGUCCCGGGAGAUUAUGUCGGGGCAGUCAUGUCCAGCAUAGGUAUGGCCGAAGUGUUGCGGGACAGCGGCCGACACCGGUGUGUGUUUGCGGUGACCGGCGGCGAGAAGUCACGCGUCGAACGGAUGCGAGCCAUAGGUUUUGAAGUGAUUUCAAUCGGCGAGAAAGCGGAUAGAAAUGCCGAGAAUUGGGCGCACAAUGAGUGCAAUCAUAACUUAACGCCACUUCAAACGGUGCAGAAUUUAAUUCAACUUUUUUAUGAAUGGUAUUCAAUGGCCGCCGAAGUGGUCGACCCCUACGUGAGGGAUGUUAUCGCAGAUUUAAAGCCCGAUGUUAUCAUUACCGACCAUUUAUAUACACUUCCAUCGAUAGUCACUUCAGGCAUACCCUGGAUAUUCAGUUGGAGUAAUAGUCCGCUAUCUCUGGACUAUGGCAUAGAUGAUGACCGCUUACCACCAUCUGCUUUAGGUUUGCCAACAAAUAGCGAUAAAGAAGUGAAAGAGAAAUACAGAAAAUUAGUAAACGAAGCGAAAGCCAAACUAUGGUAUAAACACAGGGAUAGAGUGUUGGCCAACGGGUGUCCACUUCUCCACGAGUACCAGUUGUGGACUCCCUCUCCGUUCGCCAACUUCUAUAUGACACCCAAAGAGCUCGACUACACAGACAUCAGGCCAUUGCCCGACACUUUCCACGGGUUUGAUUACUACAAGCGUUCGGCAAAUGUGGACGCGUUUGAAAUGCCGGAAAAGUUGAGGAAUAAAUCGGGAAAAUUGCUUUUUCUAUCGUUGGGUUCCAUAGGAAGCGGAAGAGUACAACUCAUGAAGAGAUUGGUCGCAAUUUUGGCCAAAUCCCAGCACAGGAUUAUUGUGGCUAAAGGUGUAAAUCACAGUCAAUACGAAUUGGCAGACAAUAUGUGGGGCGAUAUGUUUGUCCCGCAGAUUGAAGUGUUACCACUCAUUGAUCUGAUGCUAACCCACGGCGGGAACAAUACUGUGACCGAAACCAUGUAUUUCGGGAAACCAAUGAUAGUUUUGCCCCUAUUUUUCGAUCAAUACGAUAACGCACAGAGAGUGCAGGAAAAAGGGUUUGGCGUUAGACUCGAUCCCUACGAGUGCUCUGAACAACAAUUAUUGCAAUCCAUUGAUUAUGUAUUGAAUGAUAAAAUUAUUGCUGAGAAUUGUAAAUUGCUGGGAGUUUGUAUCAGUGCUAAUCUAUCACCGGAUCUGUCGUACAUGUCUAUGUAUGCCGUCCUUAAAGAGUAUCAGGGAUUAGGCAUUGGAACCGCUCUCUGGGAUAAAGCCAUUAAACAUAUGGGCGACAGAAAUGUAUCACUUUUUGUGGAAAACAGGAAAAUGCGAGACAUUUAUUACAAUCGAUGUAAUUUCAGAGUUGUUCCCAAACGACGAGCACUUGUUAUGAGCGGAAACUUUGUGGCCAACAGUUUGACGGCUAGUAUUCCCGGCAUACGUUUGGUUGACAUGAAUGACAACAAUAUCGCGGAUGUGAUUGAAUACGACAAACAGUACUGCUGUGGUCGGGACAGGUCUACACAACUUCGGGCACAUAUCGCAACUGAUCCCGAGGGAGCAGUUGUCGCUCAACACAUCACUACAGGUGAAUUGUUGGGAUUGUGUGGUAUUAUUAAUCUGUCGCCAGAGUUGUCGUAUGUAGUGAUAUAUGCGGUGAGAGACGAGUGUCAGGGAUUAGGUAUUGGAACCGCUCUUUGGGAUAAAGCUAUUAAACACGUCGGCGACAGAAAUAUUACACUUCAAUCAUCGGAACCCAAAAUAACAGAUGUUUACAAAAACCGACAAAAUUUCACAUUAAUUCCAGAAAGAAAAAUAGUUGUUAUGAAAGGCAAACCUGUGGUCAACGCAUUGACGGCUAGUAUUCGCGGCAUAAGUUUGGUUGACAUGAAUGAUAAGAAUAUCGCGGAUGUGAUUGAAUACGACAAACAGGUCUGCGAUGGACUCGACAGGAGUGCACAGCUCAGGGCACUCAACGGGCCGUUUAAUAGCAUAGGUACUGUUGUCGCUCAAGACAUCACUACAGGUGAAUUGUUGGGAGUGUGUCAGUGCGUUAAUCUGUCACCAGAGCUAUCAUUUUUGAUGGUAUAUGCCGUGAGACAAGAGUAUCAGGAAUUAGGCAUUGGAUCCGCUCUUUGGGAUAGAGUUAUUGAACACAUCGGCGACAGAAAUGUUUUCCUAUUGUCUUCAUCUAAGAAAAUGCAAGACUUAUACAAAAAUAAACAUAAUUUUCGUUUUGUUCCCCAACGACGGCGACUCGUUAUGACCGGUAAACCUGUGGUCAACAAUUUGAUCACUACUAUUGAUGGCAUAUCUGUUGUCGACAUCAAUGAUAGCAAUAUCGCGGAUGUGAUUGAAUACGACAAACAGGUCUGCGAUGGACUCGACAGGAGUGCACAGCUCAGGGCACUCAACGGCCAGUUUAAAACUGCAAGUCUUGUGGCCAUUAAUGAUAACAAUCAAGUGUUGGGCUAUUGUUUUAUAUCGGAUACCGUUUCUGGGGAUCUAUUCGUUUCCCCACUUUAUGCCGAUAAUCAACAAAUCGCUGAAUUAUUAGUCGGAAAAUAUAAAAUCUAUUGUCCGGGUAUUUCAGCUCUUUGUUCUUAUUGA